AUGAAAAAUCCAACUGUCUCUGUUAUCAUGGCUGCACAUACCGUCGACUAUCUCAGUCACGCUUAUAUCUGGACAGAAAUCGACAUAGUAUACGCUUACGUCGAAGUCAAAAAAGAAUUAGCAGCAUUCCGAUCAAAGUGUCGGGAGAAACAUGAGAAACCCUUAAAGAAAUUGCAACUUGAGGAAUGGUUAAAAGAGAAACGUUUAUUACGACAAGAAAAUUCUCUCUGGCGUCGUAUGGGCGUUGUAAAAAGUGGAAGAUUGGUUGCUCUACGAGCUUUGAAUUGUAAUUUGCUUUGA